AUGCGCGCAAACUUUCUCACAGACGCUUUGGAUAUUGUAGUCACCAUGCCGAAAAUCUACAAGCCCGGGAAAGUUGCCGUUGUCCUCCAAGGUCGGUACGCUGGUAAAAAGGUCGUCGUCAUCAAGCAGUUCGACGAUGGCAACAAGGAGCAUGGUUUCCCUUUUGUCAUUGCUGCCGGCAUUGAGAGCUACCCCCUUAAGGUGAACAAGUCCAUGGGUGCCAAGAAGGUCGCGCGCCGCAGCAAGAUCAAGCCUUUUAUCAAGGUGAUCAACUACAACCACCUUUUCCCUACCCGCUACGCUCUUGAACUUGAGGGUCUCAAGGGUGUUGUUUCUAACGACACUUUCAAGGAGGUCUCCCAACGCGAGGAUGCGAAGAAGGAGGUGAAGAAGCUUUUUGAGGAGCGCUACCAGAGCGGCAAGAACCGGUGGUUCUUUACUCCUCUGCGCUUCUAA